GAGGGGCCGCAGGACAUGGAGGGGCUGAGCCAGCGCUGCCCGCUGCCCCCCGCUGCCCAGGGCUGCCCCCGGCCCGGCCGCGGCACCGUGCUGCUGGUGCUGACGCUGCUGGUGCUCAUGUACCCCCUGCUCCGGGGCCUGGCUGUGCACCUGCACUCCGCUGUCACUGGCAGCUACAUCCCAGGGACACAUUCCAUCGCCUUCGUCAACUGCCUCAACGAGCAGAUCGCCAAGGACAUCGCCAGGGCCAUCAUGGAUAAGAAACUGGCUGCCUACGUGAACAUCCUGCCCAAGAGCUCGGCCUUAUAUUUCUGGAAAGGGGAACUGGAAGAAUCCACUGAAAUACUGCUGUUGGUGAAAACAAGGACGUCCAAAAUAGGGGAAUUGUCCAGCUACGUCAGAUCCAUCCAUCCCUUUGAAAUCCCCGAGAUCAUCAGCCUGCCUAUCGACCAAGGAAACCCUCUCUACCUCCAAUGGAUAGAGGAGAACGUCCCGCGGGACUGAGAGGCGCAAAGCUCAGCUCAUUUUUGGGGAGGCCGGGACCCCGCUGAGCCGUGCGGGAAGCGGCUUUUACCUUCUGGGCUUUGCUGUGACACAGGAGCUUGGGGCUGGGAAACCUCGGCCUACCCCGGAGCCUGGGCUGAGCUGGGGAAGCCUGCACUAAAAGCUGUGGGUGAGGACACGCGGAGAUGUUCCUGUCAGGACACUCGGGGCUGCCUCAGGCUGUCAGCAGCGAAUUCCAGCUGGGAGCCGUGGCCUGGCAGCCCCAGCAGUGCCAUGUGUCCCCACAAGCAGCCCUGAACCCUGCCUGGCUCCCGCUCCGCAUCCUGCCCCGCUCCGCUUCCCCAGCCCGGAGCUGCAGGAUGUGGAUGUGGCCGGGACCCCCCCUCCCCUCCGGCAGCCAGCCCGGCCCGGGAGCCUGACAGAACUGCAGCAAACACCGCCAGGAUUUAGCAGGAGCAGCACUCACAAACCUCUGGCCCGUCACGGAGAGCUGGGCAACAUCCACAGUCAGUUCAGGGAAGCCGAGUGCCAGCAGGACCACGACACUGCCCUGGCCCUGCCCCUACCCCCACCUGAGCAGUGGCUUUCUGCCCAGGCCAAGGUGAACCUUGUAAAAAGAUCCUUAUGUUAAUGGU